AUGAGAAAUUCCACAUCACAGAAGUACGUUAUCAAGGAUGACAAACUGAAAAAGCUGGUAGAAGAUUACGGUGAUGAAGGAUGGGUGAAAAUUGCUAGUUUUCUACCCAACCGAACUGACGCGGAUUGUCAGAGUAGGUGGCAGAAAGUCUUAAAUCCUGAAUUGGUGAAAGGACCAUGGACUAAGGAGGAAGAUCAGAUGGUUGUUGAACUUGUAAAAAUACAUGGACCACAAAAAUGGACGACUAUUGCAAAGCAGUUACGUGGAAGGGUUGGAAAACAGUGUAGAGAAAGGUGGCACAAUCACUUAAAUCCUAAAAUAAAGAAGACUGCUUGGACCCCAGAAGAAGAAAAGACCAUUUGUGAUUACCAUAAAAAAUGGGGAAACCAGUGGGCUAAAAUUGCUAAACAGUUGCCUGGAAGGACUGAUAAUGCUAUAAAGAAUCAUUGGAAUUCUACCUUAAAGAAAAGAGUAGAAUUGGAUGAAAAACUAAGCCCUUAUAGCAGUAAUCAAAAUUUACAUUCUCCUGAUGAUAGAAUCAGUCAUCCUAUUUUCCGUGAUUGUGAUUAUUCUCCUAUGUCGCAAUAUGAAUACCUUCGGUCAGGAUCAAGUACUCCUGUUCAGUGUGAACCACCUGUUAGUACUCCUCCAAGCAGCCAGUCACCUUAUAUGGCGAGUAACCCUGCUGAAAACCCGGUUGUAUAUAGUGCUUCUCCUCAGACUGCAAAACAAGUGUGGGAUGAUUUGGUAGCAUCUCGAGCAAAUGCGGAAAACAUCCCUCACCCUUUGUCUCCAGAACAGGGUGGAUUCGAAUACGUGUCUCCUAACAUUGUGCUGAAAGAGCAGUUUAAAGUUGAAGUAAAAGAAGAAUACAUGCCUCAUCCCAGUACACCCAGUUAUGGUGUUGCAAAAUCACCCGAAUUUCCUAGUGUCAUCCCUCUAAAUAAUUCUAGUCCCUUCCAGAAAGAAAACCAAGAUGCCCUAGCGAUGGACUGUAACAAAGCUGAUGAUUUCAUUGACUUUGCUGACCCUAAAGCGAUGGACUUUUUGGAUAUAGAAUCUAUAAUAACUGCUGAUCUGAGUUUUGUAAAUACUAAUCAAAAUUGUGACUCUUGGUUUAAGAAUUCUACGACUUAUCAAGAUGUGUGUAGUUCAUUAGUUAGCACGAACUUUUAUGCACCAACCGUGUCAGAGAGUACGAAUGCUGUUUUCUUGGACGAGAAAGUUGUUAACUCUUCUCCACAACCCAGUGCUUCCAGCAUUCAAUCAGUACUUCCAGAUAUCAAGGAACUUAUUGAAGAGGAAUGUCGGAUACAAGACAGUUAUGAAACAAGUAACCGUUUUGAAGUGCAGGACCCAAGUGUCAGGCAUGAUUUUAGCUCCAAUCUGGAAGUUAACAGGAAAAGUGCAAAUGAGAGCUGGUGUUCGACGCCGGAACUUCCCCAUCGCAGUUAUGAUUACUUAUCAAGCUCUGACAGCACCAUCACGGCUUUAUCGGGUUCUCCGUAUCAGAUUCUCAGUGAAAUGAGUGAGCCUGAGCUGCAGUAUAUGCAGCCACCAAGCAAUUCUUUGCCUUUCACAGAAAAGCAUAGUGCGGAAUGGGAAAUGGUUGCAUUUGGACGCACACCCGAUCAGAUUGAGCUAACUCGCCAAGCUCAUUCUCUAAUGAAUCAAGUGAACCGCUAUGCCCUAAAUGAUUUAUCUUUGCUGCCUAUACUAACUCCUAUUAAUGUCUUUCAGGUUUGA